GUUAUAACGGAGAAGCGUAUCUUGUCAAGGCUCCAGCACCCCUUUGUGGUUUCCUUGCAUUGGGCAUUCCAAACUACCACCCAUUUAUUCUUAGUGUUGGACUUUUGUGGCGGCGGUGAGCUUUUUUUCCAUAUGCUUCACCGGGGCCGCUUUGAGGAACCAGAUGGCAAAUUUUACUUCUCUGAGAUCUUGCUUGGUCUGGAGUACCUUCAUUCACAGCAGGUGCUUUACCGAGACCUGAAGCCAGAAAAUUGCUUGUUGGAUGAUGAAGGGCACAUCCGGUUGACCGACUUCGGUCUUUCCAAGGAUAAUCUCACACAUUCCGCCCUCUUCACAUCCUUUGUGGGCACUGCAGGAUACCUAAGUCCAGAGAUGGUGGCCCGGCAGGGCCAUGGCCUACCGCUGGACUACUACUGCUUAGGUUGCCUGUUGUAUUGCCUCCUCACUGGAUCGCUUCCUCACUAUGAGGGUGACUACAAGGCGUCGAAAUGUGAGUCCCAAAUAGUCCCAAUCUCAACGGAUUUAAAAGAGAAAGGGGAGACGACAUGA